CCUUCGGACUCGGGGACUGUUACACCGAGAGGCCGGAAGAAGCGGCAAGGCCUCUGCUGAUCGUCGCGUAAUGAGUUUGUUGGUGAAUUUCGAGUGAGUCCGGUGCCUUAAUAACGGCCAUGUUAAGGCACGAAUGUUUUGCCACGUUGUAUAAAACACACCAUUUACGGUGACGGUAAAAUAGCCACUUUCUCCUUCACUCUCCGGUACCCUUGCAGAGACUCGUAGACCUGUGGUCUCCUGGCAGAGGCAUGGCUGAGGGGCCCGAAGCGGGCUUUGCAGAGACUUUUGUGUUGGCAGGUUCAAACGGACAUGGUCUGGCAGUGGAGGACUUGGGUUCAGGCGGGUUUUCCCGUGAUCUGGUGGAGCCAAGCUCUGGAGUCAGCCGGAUGGCGAUGGGUGUGAAGUCCAAGUGUGCCGCCUACGUUCUGGCUCUUCGGCCCUGGAGCUUUAGUGCCUCGCUGACACCCGUAGCGCUGGGCAGCGCGCUGGCUUACAAGUCCGAGGGCACCGUGGACCUCUUGGUGUUCAUGGUGUGUGCCGUGGCCGUGCUGGUGGUGCACGGGGCAGGCAACCUAGUAAACACUUACUACGACUUCUCCAAGGGCAUCGACCACAAGAAGAGUGACGAUAGGACUCUGGUGGACCAGAUUUUGGAGCCCCAGGACGUGGUGAUGUUUGGGGCGCUGCUGUACUCCGUCGGGUGCCUGUGUGCCACCUUGCUCUACUUCCUCUCCACAUUGAAGCUGGAGCAUCUCGCGCUCGUCUACUUCGGAGGGCUCUCUGGCUCCUUCCUUUACACUGGAGGCAUCGGACUGAAAUACGUGGCGCUGGGCGACGUGGUGAUUCUGAUCACCUUCGGCCCCCUGGCAGUCAUGUUCGCACACGCGGUGCAGGUGGGCUACCUGUCAGCGCUGCCGCUAGUUUACGCCGUGCCGCUAGCACUCAACACGGAGGCCAUCCUGCAUAGCAACAACACGAGGGACAUGGAGUCGGACCGGCAGGCGGGCAUCGUCACGCUGGCCAUCCUCAUCGGGCCUGCUCUCUCCUACGUGCUCUUCAACCUGCUGCUCUUCGUCCCCUACGUGCUCUUCUGCUUCCUGGCAACAAGGUACACCAUCAGCAUGGCGCUGCCCCUGCUCACGCUACCCAUGGCCUUCCCGCUGGAGAAGCUCUUCCGGGGUCAGUGCUACUCGAAGAUCCCCCAGAAGACCGCAAAACUGAACCUCUUAAUGGGUCUCUUCUACGUGUUUGCGAUCAUACUGGCACCGCCUGGAAGUUUGCCACAACUGUGACUUACCUUGACUCUUUCUUACUGUGGCUCAUGUUUGCCUGUCUAUAAUUUAUCAUUUUUGUUACUGGGCUCUAAUUUAUUAAACAAAACACUGGUUCAAAUGUGCUACUUAGAGAAGUUGUGCAGUAUUUACAACUUCUGUUGCUGGCAAGGUGGCCCUUACUUCCCCUAAAUCUGUGUGCUACUCUUCACUUGCUGUGUGUGAUGCAAAUUCCAAGCUGCCUGUGCAUGCAUGCUGGACCUGGGAAAGAGGAAGGAGAACACUGUAAGGUCACUUGAGAGGCAGCAAGAGUUCUUCAAAUAGUUUUCAGCUAUUGCCUUUGGGCUUUCAAAUUUUUCCCAUUUUUCAGGUUUGUUUUUUUUCUCAGUAGUUGCUGAUGCAAGUAAUAAUCGAAGGUAUGAGUAACACAUACUUUGUCAGCAGUAAAAUCACAAGGAUUGCCAAUUUAUUUUUUAUGUUGCAGGCGUGGGGUUGAAUCGCUAACACUGUUCCAUCACCUCUGGAGUUUAGAGUACGAAUCUCGCCUGUGCUGUGUGUGUCAGGUUUGCAUUUUCUUCCCGUGUCUCGUACUUUGAUUCCGGGUGUGCCAGCUAAACCGUAGUGUGUGUGACGGUGCGUUAGGUGCCCUGCACUGGAUUGGCAUCCCAUCCUGAAUGUACCCCCCCAUCUUGUGCCCUAUGCCACCCCUGAGACCCUGCUCAGGAUGAGUGGUUAGAUGUGUAGUUAAAAUAAUUUUUAGAUCCAGGUUGUCUCCAGGAGUGUAUUCCAUAAAGGAGGAUUUCCCAGUUAGCUGGGUAAUUUAAGCCAAACAAGAAAACUGUCCAAUAGGAAGAUAGGAAAGUGACCUUCCUAUUGGGGAAAUCCUGCUUUGUAGAACGCCCCUGUUUUUGUAUACUGAAGUGGUGGCAAAAACAAAAUUGUUAAAUACAGGCAUUUUAAUGUGAAGCUGCAGGAUUUGCGCUGUUCAUUUUAGCAAUUUAUUGCUUUUGCAGCAGUUCAUAACAAAUGUCAGAUGUGAUUGAGAUCAUUUUAAUUUUUACAGUUGAAAUGGAGCCUAAGGAUUAUUGUAUGGUUGAGUUUGACUAGAUUUUACCAGUCAAAAUGGUUAGAGACAAUAUUCACAAUGAAAUUCCAGUCGUUUUUGGGUUUAGACGGUCAGACAUGACACACAUCGCCCAAGGAAGAACAUGUUUUCCCUGUAACUUUAGGUGCUGUCCUGUGUCUGUCCCGGUACCGUAUAUACACUAGUGCGCUUCAAAAUGUAUCAGUAAUAAAGGGCACGUUCAUAAACAAAAUAUAUUUUAAAUGCCCUCAAAUACCUGCGGAUAUUUAUUUUAUAAUUUGUCACCAGAAGUAGGACAGGAAAGCUUCUUGGGGGAAAAUAUGUAUUUCAUUUUUAUGAUUUUUUUUUAUUCCAGUAUUCGGCUGGCGAUUCUUUCGAAUUUAUUCGUAUGCGAUUUGUAUUUAAUGGAACAGCUAACGUAACAAAACUAUACGAAACUGAUAAAAUACAACAUGUAAAAAGCACAAA